AUGUGGAACACACAGAAAGAAUCCGAGAUUGAAUUUAUAGAAACCGGAAGAAGAGUCUUAAAGCAAGACACAAGAUUCUCAUUAUUUACCUACUCACAGAUUAUUUUUAAAAACAGAAAAUUCUACGAUCACUUAGGAGAAACUCAAAUGAAAUUGAUGCCACAAUUUGCCUCAAAACUGCUUGAAGUAUUUCUGCUUCCAAUCAACGGGUGGUCAGAAAUGUAA